CGCUUGUGUUUAAAUCUUGUUGAUUUGGUGUAUAUUUUCGAACGAAAUACGAAAACGCAAAAAGAAUCGCUUGGGUUGUUAAUGCGCGAAACCGUUGAAAUGCUUGGACUUUCGAUGGCUUCUUGUGAAGCAUUUGCGGAUACACACUGGUGAAAAACCGUACCAGUGCGAUGUUUGCUAUAAAAGUUUUACAACCAUUACUCAUAUGCAUACGCAUAAGAAAUCACACGACCCAUCCCGAGAGAAACCAACAAAGAUACGAAAAGCGACCAUUGACAGAAAAAAUUUGAAUCAGUCUAAACAACUUGGUGCUGAAAAUUGACUCAAAUGGAUAUAUGAAUCGAAGAUUAAUGGAUUCGCCGGCUCUAGAAACACAAGAAGAAUCGACCAGUGAAAAGAAAAACACAAAAGAACUACAGCAGCUUCGUUUCUAUAUUGAGAAUUACGAACGGUUGUGCCGGCUGUGCUUGACGAACGAUCGUUUGGUCAAUCUGUAUAGCAUUGUGCAGGGCCGAAAUGUGAUUUACGUUCGAAACUUUGUCAAGCAAGCCCUCCGGCUGCUAGAUCAAACGAUUGAUAAAAAAGAUCGCCUACCGAAUUUCAUCUGCGAAAAAUGUGAGCGCAACUUAAAUAUUAUAUUCAAUUUCAAAAAAAAAUGUGAUGAAUCCAGACGAAUCCUGGAAAAAGUACGAGAUAAAACAAUUUCCCUGGAGGACUUGAUGAAAUCGGACGUUUGCCCUACGGUAAAAGAAUUCGAAUGCAGUCGAGCUAGAAUAAAAGCAAACACCACUAAAUCAAAGUGUGAAGAGAUUUUGAAAAAUCUUCCACAGGACAUUCACAUCGGAAAGAGAAGAGAGCCUGUUAAAAAACAGAUAAUUGCAUGUUCGGUCGGAGCAGAAUUAGUAAGCACUGUUAUGAAAUUGGAACCCGAUGAUAUCAAAAGGGAAGUUGCAAGUUUAGGGCUUAUUUUCCCAGAAACUGACCUCAAUUUAGACCUGAAUGAUUUUACAAAUCUAGUUGACGAAGGCCCUUCCAGAUUAGCUCAAGAUGAAAGUGAGUCGAGUGACGAAGAGUUUGAUGCCGAUCCGGAUUCUGAUAGCGAAUGGAAACCGGAAGAAUCAAACCAAACAAACUUCAUACCUAGUGAUGUGAAGGAACACGAAAAUCGUGGAAACAAUCCGAACAAAAGGGAACGCAAAGUAAGGGAAGUGGCAGUUACUAAGACUGGUAGGCUUUCGAAAAAGUUACCCAAGGAAAAAACUAUCUGUCAGGUUUGCGGAGCCUUGGUCAAUAAUAUCAAAUGUCACAUGAUCACCCACGAAGAUAUUCGGCCGCAUCAGUGCGAACAGUGUCCGAAAAGUUUUACAUCUCGUAACAAACUACAGUCGCAUAUAAACAGUGUUCAUCUUAAGAAACGAGAUUUCAAGUGCGAGGUUUGUGGAAAAGCAUUUCUGGAGAAAAACAAUUUGAAGGGUCAUCAGCGAAUUCACAACGGAGAUAGGAAGUACAAAUGUGAUCUCUGCCCUAAGACGUUCCUAUUCGCAGGGACACUGCGUUGUCAUAAGCUGACACACACCCAGGACAAGAAGCAUGAAUGUCAGGUUUGUGGCAAACUGUUCUUAAUGAGGACCACUUUAAAUAAGCAUCUUUACGUACACAGCAACGAACGGCCGCACAAGUGCGAUUUGUGCGAAAAAACGUUCCGAACGUCGACGCACAAGAUUAUACACAUGCGUACGCACACCGGAGAAAAGCCUUUACAGUGCAGGAUCUGCGGAAUAGGGUUUGCCCAUCACAAAGCUCGUAGUGUACAUAUGAAGACAAAACAUGCCAAAGAGCUGGUUGCGAUGGAUAUGCUCGAUGAGAGAGGACAUUUAAAGUUCUAGUGAUGCACUACAAGUGUUUUCGAACAGCGUCUAAAAUAGAGCUGCGACGUACGAAAAGUUGUAACAUAAACGUGUGGUUUUCAUUUUCCGAAAAAAUGGGUGUAUACACGUGAAAUCCCGGCUUGAAUGAAUCCAAUCCAAUGGAGUUAUUCCAAAAUACUUUUUCUAUUUAUACACUUCCCAUCGAUAAAAAUUCAGCUUUAGCUUUCCUAGUAUAAGAGAGAAAAGAACCUCUGAUUCCGCGCAUUAUUUUGACACAACCAAUGGUUACAGUCGUAAAUCAAACUGUUCGAGACUAUUAGAUAUUGGCCCUUAUUACCGUUCUCACUUCCACUUUCACAUUUACUUCACUUACAUGUCACUUCACUUGAUUUUCCUUAUUACCAGUAUCACGCAUAGUGAAGUAAUCACCGCACGUUUUCAGUAAUAUGCAGGGAAGUAAUCUCGGGCCUUCAAUAUUCUUACUGUACUUCAACUAUGCGCACUUUUCUCUGCUCUCCUUAUCUAUCGUUUGAUGAGGACAUUGAUAUCUGUUAUAGCAUCCAUAACUCCGAGGAUGCCAGCAAUUGUAAAUCUUUGCAGAGUGAUGCCCGACCAUUUCGUUCUCUAGGGGAAAAGCAAUUUCAAUUCGAAUACUUUCUCAAAAGAAGCCAUGAUAGAUUCGCAAUCAGGAUGGCUGAACAUUUCACAGACACAUAAUGUUAUAAGUAUCUCUACUGCUCUCUUGUUCAUUUAAUCAAGAAACAUUUGGGUUUCGUUUGAAUCUGUCACUCAAAA